AUGCCUUGUUUCAACGGAGUCGGCACCAUGCCUUCCUUAAAUGAUUGGUUUAUGAGGACUGUGCGGGACGGUGCCGUCCUUCCAACAGAUAAGAGGUUUUCCUGUACUGAGUGCGGGAAGCGUUUCCAUUCUCAAGCUAGUCUUAAUGUGCAUAAAAACAUUCAUACAGGUGAGAAGCCACAUUCCUGUCCUGAGUGCGAGAAAUGUUUUUCAGAUAAGUCCAAUCUUUAUAAGCAUCAGAGAUCACACACGAGUGAGAAGAGUGAGAAACUGUAUUCCUGUCCUGAGUGCGGUAAAUGUUUUUCAUCAAAGUCACUUCUUGUCAGACAUCAGAGGUCUCACACGGGUGAGAAGCCGUAUUCCUGUCCUGAGUGUGGGAAAUGUUUUUCAGAUAAGGCGCAUCUUUCCAGACAUCUGAGGUCACACACGGGUGAGAAGCCGUAUUCCUGUUCUGAAUGCGGGAAAUGUUUUUCAGUUAAGGCGCAUCUUGAUACACAUCAGAGUUUACACACGGGUGAGAAGCCGCAUUCUUGUCCUGAGUGCGGGAAAUGUUUUUCAAGGAAUUCACAUCUUUCCAGACACCAGAAAUCGCACACGGGUGAGAAGCCGUAUUUUUGCCCUGAGUGUGGGAAAUGUUUUUCCGAGAAGUCCCAUCUUUCCAGACAUCAGAGUUUGCACACAGGUGAGAAGCCGUAUUCCUGUCCUGUGUGCGGAAAAUGUUUUUCACAGAAAUCCCAUCUUGACACACAUCAGAGAUGGCACACGGGUGAGAAGCCAUAUUCCUGUCCUGAGUGCGGGAAAUGUUUCUCCGUUAAGUCGCAUCUUGACACACAUCAGAGAUCUCACACGGGGGAGAAGCCGUUUUCCUGUACUGAGUGCGGGAAGUGUUUCAAUUCUAAGUCUGGUCUUAAUAUGCAUAAACAAAUUCAUACAGGUGAGAAGCCGUAUUCCUGUUCUGAGUGCGGGAAAUGUUUUUCUGGUAAGUCGAAUCUUCUCAGACAUCAGAGGUUGCACACGGGUGAGAAGCCGUAUUCCUGUCCUGAGUGUGGGAAAUGUUUUUCAAGUAAGUCGCAUCUUGAUAGACAUCAGAUGUCGCACACGGGUGAGAAGCCGUAUUCCUGUCCUGAGUGUGGGAAAUGUUUUUCAGAGAAGUCGCAUCUUGAUACACAUCAGAGGUUGCACACGGGUGAGAAGCCGUAUUCGUGUCCUGAGUGCGGAAAAUGUUUUGUACAGAAAUCAGAACUUGUCUCACAUCAGAGAUCUCACACGGGUGAGAAGCCACAUUCCUGUUCUGAGUGCGGGAAAUGUUUUUCUGGUAAGUCGACUCUUCUCAGACAUCAGAGGUUGCACACGGGUGAGAAGCCGUAUUCCUGUCCUGAGUGCGGGAAAUGUUUUUCAAGUAAGUCGCAUCUUGAUAGACAUCAAAUGUCGCACACAGAUGCGAAGCCGUAUUCUUGUCCUGAGUGUGGGAAAUGUUUUUCAGAUAAGUGGUAUCUUGAUACACAUCAGAGGUUGCACACGGGUGAGAAGCCGCAUUCGUGUCCUGAGUGCGGAAAAUGUUUUGUACAGAAAUCAGAACUUGUGUCACAUCAGAGAUUUCACACGGGUGAGAAGCCACAUUCCUGUUCUGAGUGUGGGAAAUGUUUUUCUGGUAAGUCGAAUCUUCUCAGACAUCAGAGGUUGCACACGGAUGAGAAGCCGUAUUCCUGUCAUGAGUGCGGGAAAUGUUUUGUACAGAAAUCAGAACUUGUCUCACAUCAGAGAUUUCACACGGGUGAGAAGCCGUAUUCCUGUCCUGAGUGCGGGAAAUGUUUUUCAGUUAAGUCGAAUCUUGACUCACAUCUGAGGUCUCACACGGGUGAGAAGACGUAUUCAUGUUCUGAGUGCGGGAAACGUUUUUCAAAUAAGUCCAGUCUUUCCUAUCAUCAGAAAUCACACACGGGUGAAAAACCGUAUUCCUGUUCUGAGUGCGGAAAAAGUUUUUCAACAAAGUCGAUUCUUCUCAUACAUCAGAGGUCACAUACGGGUGAGAAGCCGCAUUCCUGUCCUGAGUGCGGGAAAUGUUUUUCACAGAAGCCCAAUCUUUACAAACAUCAGAUUUUGCACAUGGGUGAGAAGCAGUAUUCCUGUCCUGAGUGCGGAAAAUGUUUUUCACAGAAGACCCAUCUUUACAGACAUCAGAGAUCUCACACGGGGGAGAAGCCGUAUUCCUGUCCUGAGUGCGGGAAAUGUUUUUCACAGAAGCCCAAUCUUUACAAACAUCAGAUGUCGCACACGGGUGAGAAGCAGUAUUCCUGUCCUGAGUGCGGAAAAUGUUUUUCACAGAAGACCCAUCUUUCCAGACAUCAGAGAUCUCACACGGGGGAGAAGCCACGUUCCUGUCCUGAGUGAGGGAAAUGUUCCUCACUGAAGUCCUGUCUUCGGGGUCUGGAUUACUCGCGAUGUUAAGGAGUACACUAGUAAAAACAUAGCUCCGCUACUAAUAAAACUGAAACAAUAAAAAGGAUACCUGGAACCGCCUCCCUCUUUCUGUAGCUGGGAGAUGCAACCUGAUAAAAAUGAUCUGGCUCCCCCAGAUAUUAUACGCACUCCACAACUCCCCGAUUUGCGUAAACCAAAUAUGGUUUAAACGAAUGGAAGGGAGUUAUUGUGGAAAGGAGGCCAGGCCAGAAUCAGUUUGCAGACUAUGCAACUCCCAGUAAGGAGGGGGGGGAUGGCGGUCCCAACACCCGAGAAUAUAUUUUUUGGCGUCUCAUCUACAACAUAUAGUGGGCUGUGGCAACCAAAGCUUAGGAAAUGAUAGUUUCAGACUGAUGUUAUCAGGGACAACAUGAAAAAAAGAUGUUCUAUCCUGAAAGGAAGAAAAAAACACUGCGCUAACAAGUAAGACACACGUGAGUGUAUAUAAAGCUGCUAGUACUAAUGCUGCGUACACACCAUGGGCCAGAUUCACAGAGCAAGUACGCCGGCGUAUCUACUGAUACGCCGGCGCACUUUAAAAUUUGAUACGCAGGCGCACUUUCACUUUCAGGGCAAAAAAGUGCGCGGUAUACGCCGAUAAAUACGGUAAUAUUGCGAAAGGCUUAAUCUCAGAGCUAUAUGACAAACUGGGGGCUGGAGUCAUAAAUCAAACUGGUGUGACCUGUCAUCCGCCCGCUCUAAGAGCCGAGUAAGAUGAGAAAAAGAUCUUGGGUUAGUAACCUCGGAGCAGUGGAGUAAGAUUUUUUUUUUAUUUGUAAAACAGGGACAAGGCCGCGCGGGCCGACAAGGAUAAAACAUAAUAGUACACGCAAUGGAUAAAUUACACAACAGCAGAACACAGGGAAAGAGGGCUUGGAAAUGCCAAUUCACUAUACGUACACAACCUAUGUAUGUGUUUAUAUACUUAUAUAUUUGUAUUUGAUAACCUAGAUCACUUGUAAGUAAAUAUAUGCUGUUAAAUAUUGGAAAAGAAUAAAGAAAAAUUAACCUGAA